AUGUGACUCCUGGGGAAGAUAAGAGAAGGCAUUGAGAGCGUUGAGCUAGAGCCGAGUCCUGAUUUGGAGAAAAAGGAGGAGGUGGCCUUGAAAACUAAAAUGAAGCCAUUCUCUGCAGAAGGAUAUCGUCUGGCAGGGAUGUAUGAAAGCCCCAAUACUCAGCGGAGAGAAUCUCUGUUUCACUCAUACUGUCCCAGUUACUUGCUUCAUAGAAGUCUUCCUGCAACUGCAACUAAAUUAUCAUAUGAGAAAAACCUGACCAAGACCACCACCACUUUAUCUGGGCUCCCCUCAGACAACAGUGGUCCUGCUGAAGGGAAAGCAUCCAGUUCUUUGCAAAACAAUGCCAGAGAGAAAAAGAGGAGGAGGAGGAGGGAGAGGAGAAAUUACUUAUCUAGCUCUGAGGACAGUUCAUUCACCCUUAGCCCACCCAUUAUCUUUCCUAUGGAUGUUCUCCGCUGUCAGGAGCGACAUCAGCGUGAGCACAUCAUCCCCUUGUCAGGCUGUGGUAAAGUCCAUCUUUCGGCUGAGCACACCACAUCCUUUUCCACAGCUUCAACCCUGUCCAACCUCAGAGUCCGGGUCAUAUCUGUGAAGGACAUAAGAGACAAUGUCAACCCGCAACCUCUGAUCUGUGGGCUGAGUCUCUGCCUGACACCGGGGAAACUGCAGUGGCAGGAAAGUGCCACCAUCAGGGACUGUCGGAGCCCUGUGUUUAACGAGGACUUCUACUUCAUCUACUUCACAGACCUGACUCAGGAGAAUCUGUUAGUGUUGGAGCUCAGGCUAAAGGUGAUGGAGAGACCUGGCUCAGGGGCAGUAAUUGGAGUAAUCACUAAACCAUUGUCUCAUUUAUUCCCCUUCUGA